CGUUAUCAUUGUCAACAUUGUCGAAAAUCGUUUUCUCGACCUUCUUCCUUACGGAUUCAUAUAUAUUCACAUACCGGUGAAAAGCCUUUUCGAUGUCACUAUCCUGGUUGUGGUAGAAGCUUCAGUGUCCAUAGCAACAUGCGUAGACAUUUGCGCGUUCAU